CGCGUCGCAUGCAUUGAGCCUCGCGACGAUGCGCUGCUAGGUGCUCCUACAAACAAGCAGUAACCAUUAUUCUUCCAUUACUCAGAAGGUAUUAAGCCAGAAAUUAAAUUGAAGAAAUGUAGAAUAUGCUACAUAGAGAAAGGACAUAUUCCUAUAUUUAAUAAUGAAGCUUAUCCAAAUAUAUCAGAAGAAAUUAAGCACUUUUCUGGUGUAACAAUAAACCAUGAUGAUAAUUUACCAAAGCAUUUGUGUCAAGGUUGUAUGGAUCUAUUGAAUGGAUGUAUUAAAUUCCGUGAUAUGUGCCAAAAAAAUAAUAAAUUACAAAUAGAACAGUCAAUUAAGAAAGAAUAUAACAUCUAUAAUAAUGAAACUAAUAAUUUAUUGGAUUAUGAGGAUUUCUGUGAUAUGCCAUCACCUGUAGUGUCUGAAGACAAUUCAGAAAUUUGGGACUGUUCAACAUGUAGUCAAAAGUUUUACGAUAUGACUUCAUACAAUAACCAUUUAAAUAAAUGUACAUCACAAGUAACUGAUGAUCCAAAAGAGAAUGGUCAAGCUAAAAAUAAAACAUUUUUAUGUGAUAUCUGCGGUAAAAUAGCUAAAUCCAAAGGGAGUCUUGCAGUACAUAGGGCUAUCCAUGAAAAUGUGUUUCCAUUUAAAUGCGAUGCAUGUUCAUAUCAGGGUCGGACAAUGGACUUACUAAAAGUGCACAAGAGGUCACAUUUAGCAGACAAACCUUACAAAUGUUCUCAAUGUCCCAAAGCAACAACCACAACUAGUAAUCUAGCUAAACAUAUGCGCCAUGUUCACAGUACCAACAGACCAUAUAAGUGUAGCUAUUGUGAUAAGGCUUUCUCGUACCAACAUGACAUGAAGAGGCAUGUCAAAGACAUACAUUUAAGACAGGGCAGAGUUGAAUGUGAUGUAUGUUUUAAGAAAUUCAACACAAAAAAAAUUUUACAAGGUCACAGAUGGAAGAUACACAAAAUAAAAGGAGGUAAACUCGGUCGAAUACCUUCAUAUUUACAAUGCAAAGAGUAUGAAGAAAAUGGUAACACCAUUAUGCCACUAAGUAAUUAAAUCACUAACAUAUUAAAUGUUAACGCCCUCGCGCAAUUUAUUUAUUUCAUAGAUUAAGCAAAAAAAACGA